AUGUGCGUUGCGCAGGCGAUCCUGUGCGGGCACCUGGAGGACUUCGUGGGCGAAGUGCAGUCGCUGGGCGAGGCGCUGGUGCGCGCGUGCGUGUCGGUGUACGAACGCGUGCGCGGCGCGCUGCGGCCGACGCCUGCGCGCGCGCACUACGCGUUCAACCUGCGCGACCUCUCCAAGUGCGUGCAGGGCGCGCUGCAGGCGCACGCGGCGUACGUGCGGCUGCCACGAGACAUGCUCAGGUACCAACCACCAACCAACACAUACCCUGUUAUACAAUAA